AUGUUUGCCUUUUUGGCGUUGACAAUUGCAGGACUGUUUCUCCAAGAUUUAGUUGUAAAUGCCGACCAUUUUAAUGAGUCUGUUUUAAAAAGAUUAGAUAGAUUAGAACAAAAAGUUGAAAGCCUACAAGUAGAAAAUUUAAAGCUGCAAGAAGAAAAUCAAAAUCUUAAUGAAGAAAACAGUGUAAUAAGAUCCAGAUUAAAAACAAUAGAGAAACAAAAUGCAAUUCAAAACGCUUACUCCGAAACAAAACCCCAAACAAUAGACAAUAACAACGAGAAUGAUACACAUAGGAUACAUGACACAAAAGAAUAUAAAAUCAAAAUGGUAGAUGACAUUUCUUUGGAAAAUCACCAUUACAAAAGACUGUUGAUAGGAAAUACAACUCCAGUACCUACAGUGACUAUACCAAAAGUAGCUUUUGCUGUGCAGUUGACUAAGGAAAUAACUACGCUUGGAUCUCACCAAAUUAUCGAAUAUGAUAAAGUGUUAUUGAAUGAUGGAAACGGUUAUGAUGUUCGCCAUGGACAUUUUACUACACCAGUCAAAGGUGUUUAUCUCAUGUCAGUCGUCGUUUAUACAGACCGCCAAAAUACUAUUCAUUUAGAUCUGGUUAAAAAUGGCCACCUCAUCACAAGUGUGUUCGCCGAUGGUCGUACUGAUUUCGCUUCCAGCACUAUUGUGUUUCCAAUUUUACUUCAGCAAGGUGACAUGGUUUGGUUACGCACUCAUCAAGGAGAUGAGGGAAAGGCACUAUCUGGGUUGAGUCUGUACAUGCUCAAUGCAUUUACAGGAGCACUUCUUUAUGCACUUUAG